AUGAUCUAUGAAAUCGGUGACGAUAUUACAGGAAGAAGAGAAUCCAUCGCCGCCCCUCUCGCAUCCCUAACGAAAAUUCGAGAUUUAUCUAUUCAACGUCGCCGACGAGUAUCUCCGUUAUCGGCUCUCCGGCGGUUUUAUCCCUUUUUGAUUCAGGUACAACCUCUUACGGUAUCUGGACCGAAUGGUGUGGCGUCGGCAACGACGACGACGACGGCCAAUGCUAGCGGUGUAGCUGCUGCUGCGGCUGUUGCUGGCGCUGCGGUGGCGGUAGCGGCAGCCGGCGCUAAUCAGUCGUUUGUCACGACAUCGCUUUACGUUGGGGACCUUGAAUUCAAUGUUACUGAUUCGCAGCUGUACGAUCUGUUUAACCAAGUUGGGCAGGUUGUCUCUGUUAGGGUUUGUAGGGAUUUGUCCACUCGGCGAUCCCUUGGUUAUGGUUACGUUAACUACAGCAAUCCUCCUGAUGCUGCAAGGGCUAUUGACGUACUGAACUUCACAGCUGUAAAUGGAAAGGCGAUUCGCAUCAUGUAUUCUCACAGAGACCCGAGCAUUCGUAAAAGUGGAACUGCAAAUAUAUUUAUUAAGAACUUGGACAAGUCCAUUGACAACAAAGCCCUUCACGACACCUUUUCAAGCUUUGGUAACAUUCUCUCUUGCAAGAUUGCAGUUGAUGGCACAGGGCAAUCAAAAGGCUAUGGCUUUGUGCAAUUUGACACUGAAGAAGCUGCUCAAACUGCAAUUGAUAAGCUUAAUGGCAUGCUGAUGAAUGACAAACAAGUCUAUGUUGGUCAUUUUCUUCGUAAGCAAGAACGUGACUCUUCUUUAAGCAGGACAAAGUUCAAUAACGUGUACGUGAAGAAUCUUUCUGAAUCCACAACCGAUGAAGAUCUGAAACAGACAUUUGGUGAAUAUGGAACAAUCACCAGCGCUGUUGUUAUGAGAGAUGGAGAUGGGAAAUCAAAGUGUUUUGGAUUUGUCAACUUUGAGAAUGCAGAUGAUGCUGCUAAUGCUGUCGAGGCUUUAAAUGGGAAGAAAUUUGAUGAUAAGGAGUGGUAUGUUGGAAAGGCUCAGAAGAAAUCCGAAAGAGAAAUGGAACUAAAGAGCCGAUUCGAACAGACUGCUAAAGAAGCUGUUGAUAAGUUUCAAGGUGUUAAUUUAUAUGUCAAGAAUCUUGAUGACACCAUUGAUGAUGAUAAGCUUAAGGAGAUUUUCGCGGAGUAUGGUGCUAUCACUUCCUGCAAGGUUAUGCGUGAUCCUAGCGGAAUCAGUAGAGGUUCUGGUUUUGUUGCGUUUUCCUCUACUGAAGAGGCUUCUCGAGCUCUUAGUGAGAUGAAUGGGAAAAUGAUUGUUAGCAAGCCACUUUACGUUGCACUUGCUCAACGUAAGGAAGAAAGAAGGGCAAGGCUUCAGGCUCAAUUCUCGCAAAUGAGGCCAGUUGCAAUGGCACCUUCAAUGAUGGCGCCACGUAUGCCAAUGUAUCCUCCAGGCGGACCGGGAAUGGGGCAGCAGCUAUUUUACGGGCAGGCCCCACCUGCUAUCAUUCCUCCCCAAGCUGGAUUCGGUUACCAGCAGCAGCUGGUGCCCGGAAUGAGGCCAGGCGGGGGUCCCAUGCCAAACUUCUUUGUUCCGGUGGUGCAACAGGGUCAACAGGGUCAACGCAUGGGGGGAAGACGUGGAGCAGGUCCUGUGCAACAAAAUCAGCAGCCUGUUCCAAUGAUGCAACAGCAGAUGGUUCCAAGAGGGGGUGGACGAAUGUAUCGUUACCCAGGUAGGAACAUGGGAGAUGGAAACAUGGGAGGAGGGAUGCUGCCGGUGCCUUACGACAUGGGCGGCAUACUUCCGCGUGGAGGUGGAGGGGGAGAUGGUGGUGCUACUGGCGGAAUACAGCAGCAGCAGCAGCCGGCGGUGCCUAUUACAGCAUUGGCUUCUGCGCUUGCGAACGCACCGCCUGAGCAGCAAAGAACGAUGCUGGGGGAGAGUUUGUAUCCGUUGGUGGACCAGUUGGAGCAUGAGCAUGCUGCGAAGGUGACAGGGAUGCUGCUGGAGAUGGAUCAGACGGAGGUGUUGCAUUUGUUGGAGUCGCCGGAUGCUUUGAAGGCUAAGGUUGCUGAGGCUAUGGAGGUUCUUAGGAAUGUUCAGCAGCAUCAACCUGCUAACAACAACACCAAUGCUCCUCCUCCUGCUGCUCAGCUUGCUUCCCUCUCUCUCAAUGAGAAUCUUGUUUCUUGAGUAGAACAUGAUGAGGCUUUUUUUUUUUAAAUUUUAUUUAAUUUAAUCUUUUUUUCUUUUCUAUAGACUCGUUGCUUGAAAAAACAUUAUUAGACCGGUAGAGGAGGAUGCCUGCCUUGGACCCUUGGUUUUUGAUAUGUGAUUGUUUAAAAAAACCCAGCUCAACUCCUUUGCUCAGUUUUUUUAUUAUUCCAUUUUUGGUCUUUAGCUAAAACGUUUUCUCCU